AAUGACACAAUUACGUGGCAGAAAGUCAGCCUCCAUAACAACCGGAUCGUAAACGCACAUGCGCCAUGAUCAUGAAUCGGAAUAUUGGCGUGCUAUCGAGACAUAUCUUCGUUAUACGCUGAACUUAUGCUUAGACGUGUUGCGUUCGUUUGCGACGAUUGUGAAAUAAUGUAAUAAUAACAAAGAAAAAAGUGAAAAUCACAGUUAAUAGCCUGUGAAUAAGUAAUAUACAAUAUUGACGAAUUGAGGAGCGAUAACCCAGGCAGUUAAGGAUUGCAAGUCGUGAAAAACUGAUUUAUGUUAGUGUGAGAAUACGUGCGUGAAGUUUGUUAGCGGCGAAAACAGUAGGAAGUGCGUUUUUUUAACAAUUUCUAGCUAUAAUGUAUUGCAGAAUAUUUCACACGAUCCUGAGAAUAAAAUAAGAAAACAUAUUUUGAUUAAAAAAUAAGGAUAUUAUUGUCAUUAGAAAAUGUACGGGUGCGUGUGGUAAAUUAUUACGUAAUUAAUAAUGUAAUUUAAACGAUUUUAUUUUAUCAUUUAAGACUUAGUUACACCAACACAUUUUAAUAUAUUAGGAUGUCAUGUGAUACAUUUGUUUGCUCUGUGGGCUGAUCUUGUUUACUCUUUAGACGCAUACAAUUCUUCAGAUUUUGUAAAAUGUGAGCCCUUUUCUGGGAACACUGGGCUUCCCAGAUGAGCCUUGUAGUCCGAAAUAAGUGGCGACACUUUUCGCUGUUAUGGAAUUUUUCGUUUAAAGGAAGUCUCUUCUAAACGAAAAUGCGGUCUAGGCGGAAAGUUUCGUGCUUGAUUAGCCUGUUCGGACGACACUAUGUACACAUGCAGUUUUCCCAAAACGAUGCUCAAAUUAUAGCGGGGAAACUGACAAAAUACGAUGAUAAUCCCUGCAAAUUGUACCUGAUGCCGGAAUGCUUUUAGACACGGGCGAUAAUGCAUAUCGUGUUUGUCGAAAGCUCCUCGGCGUUUCCGGAUACACGUGUUUGAUAGACUUGAUAAUGCGUGACACAUAAUUAUGAUUUAGUUGUAAGCAUGCUCUUGCACCAGGAAUUUUGCGAAGAAAGCUGACUUAUUUUUGUCGCAACUUGUAUUUGUGUUGGUUCACCUUCCAAUUGGUUUCCAACCGCGUUUUUCGACAAGUUAAGAACUUAUAACGUGCGUUUAAAAUACUUCGCAAUUCGCGCGCGUCUGUGUGUUUUUUGUGUGUGUUUAAUAUAUAAUUUUGCGGUGUGAUCCAAUCACAGUGGUGCUGGACGGAUAUACGUUUACUCUAGUGGAUUCUUAUACGUGUAAAACAAUCACGUGACAACCAUUGUCAGCCUUUCAUGUGUCACACGUUAGCUGACCAUUUGAAACGUGGAGAUUACUAAUUACAAAUGAACGCUGAAGCCGUACGAACACCGCUAACACGUGACAUGCAAUAGAUAUGCAUGUUUAGUGGGUAUUAUAAGGUCCCAAGACAGUUAUUGGUAUGAAAGGCCAGUAAAUGUUAUUCCUAGGUGACACAAACUUGAAAUGCUGCUGUUCAUAUGAACAAAACGUAUCGUAAAAAGUAUGUUAUUAUUAUAUUAUAUAUAUUAUGCUUGGUUGUCGACAGGAAGCGCUAAUAAAAUUGUUUCACUUUUUAAGAACAGUGGUUUGAACACAUUUGUGCUCGUGCUUUUCCCUUGAGACAUCAAUACAAUCUACGGCUUAUCUUGUGAAAUCCCGGAGAAAUGAAUUGACUGUAGAAGAGUAAUCAAAACAUCUAGUACGACACCUUUGUCCUGGUUGAUUUUCCUGGUAGACAUCUACGUACAGCGGUACUUCCGGCGUUCCGUCAUGGCGUUGAUGGAGGGCACCACAGGCCUCGUGCUGGGAGCAAUGUUCGGCGCCAUAUUCGUGCUCACGUGCGCAAUAAGCGCAAUCAAGGCCGUCAGAGACAGGCGCCGCAUCAAGGAACGGAUAGCAGCGCGCAGGCAGCAGACCGCAGACACAUGUCACGUGGCAGACCCUGUGAGUAUCGAGGACAAGCAGACGCCAUCUGACAGCAGAAGAGAACAGCGCACCCAGUCCUUCAUGCCUUCAACCUCUGCCUCGACCAGUAGAGUGCAUCUGUCAGAGUCAAACGAAGCCUUUCCCUUUAUUGAUAUGAUGGGUGAAUACAAUCCGACUUUCGUUAAUAAGUCCACUGAUGAUGUUACGAAUGCGGGGACCAUUUUAAAUAGACAAAGCAACCUGACUGGUGCGUUCAAGUCGACGUUACAGGCAGCACCACGGCGAAAUACUGUUCAUGAUGCUAGGAAUCGCAGCGAUAACGAUUCACUCGUGCUUUCAAACGCCUUUCACGCGGGAAAGAAAAUCGCGCGAAGAUAUUCGUACGAAAUUGCCGUCUGCGAACAUUCGUGGCUGCCGGUCGAAAUGCCAGACACAACCUCAAACAUUGACCGGUAUUGUAGAAACAGCGUUGGCACAGCGCAUCCCGUAGAGAGCAGCGAUCUGAGCUUUGAGAACAAGGCGUUUCAGGGAACUGAUCGCGGACCCUGCUUCCGUACUGGAUACAAGCGUUCGUGAGAGAAAUAUCGAAUAUGUAUUAUUGUGUUCCAAAGUACAGGUAGAAUUCAAUAAACCAAAUGCUAAAAAAAACAA